CAUUGAAAUUUUGUUAUCUGAAACUUGUUUGUAGUAACGUUAGGUACAUAAAGAUAGUUCUGAAAGAGCUAUUUUGUUAGUUCAUCUCCAUGUUAGGAGAUAAAAUUGGAUGGUGUUUCAUAAUGAUUAGAAUCUAUUGGUUAACUGCAAUUUUCAGCUAAAACAAAAAAUUGUUUGAUAGUGAUAAUGAUUAAAAAUGCUGUGUUUGACUUGGUUCUUUUUCACUAUGGAUCAAAUGUUGAAAUUUUAGCUGUCAAUUACUUUUGUGUUUUGCCUGUGCAAUGGUAUCUUCUUCAAUGUUGUGUAGGUGACUCAAAAUUUGCUAGUAUUUCUCAAAUAAACCUAUUAAUUAUUCUACCAAGUUGAUAAGUUCUAAUUCCAGUCAUUGAUAAAUAGGUAACUAACUGAGUAUCGCUUGGCAGAUGACGACAACAAUAUCAAUUGAAGAUGUUCGUAGGGAAGUGAAGAUAUUAAAAUCCUUGUCUGGGCAUAAGAAUCUAGUCAAGUUCUAUGAUGCCUUUGAGGAUGCCCAAAAUGUCUACAUCGUAAUGGAGUUGUGUGAAGGUGGAGAACUACUAGACAGAAUUUUGUCAAGAGGUGGAAGAUAUCCAGAGGAGGAUGCUAAAACUAUUGUCAUCCAGAUAUUAAGUGUAGUUGCUUUUUGUCAUCUUCAAGGUGUUGUACACCGUGAUCUAAAACCAGAGAAUUUUCUUUUUACUACUAGAGAUGAGGAUGCUCCCAUGAAGGUUAUUGAUUUUGGUCUAUCUGAUUAUAUUAGGCCAGGUAAUGUCUGA